AUGAAGAAUUUGAAUUUACCAAAGUAAAGUGUUUAGGUCGAAACUUUUAUAAAGGGAAAUUUGGAUAAUGAAAAUAUGCAUGGCUUUAUGGUUUAUGUUAAGGAAAUUGUAUUUCUGGUUUUAGUUAGAAGGAGGGAUAAUAGGUAAAAGAUAUAAAGAACGAUGGAUAAUAAUAGAGAAGGGAUCAAAAAUUAGAUAAGUAUGAGUAUGGAGAUAGAAAAUAAUAAUAUUUAAUGUUCUUGUUCGGAAUAUAAUUGCAUGAAUAUAAAGAACACAAAGAAAAUUGAAUAAUAAUGUGAUUAUAUGUUUAAUUAAUAUGAAAUGAAAAAUUCGUUUUUGCCUUUUUUUAGCAAAAUAAUCCUUAGAAGGAAUUCAUUAUUAAUUACAAUAAAUGUUCAAAGUUGCCGUGUGUGCAUUGUUAGUACUAGCCUCAACAGCCAUAAACGUCUAAUCCUCAAUUUGGACAAGCAAAGACCAAAAAGCAUUUGCUUAGAUCCACCAAUCUGGUUGGGGUAAGUUCAUCUUGAACUAUGCUGAACUCCAUUUAACAACAGGAGGUAUCCUUUCUGAGCUCAACUCUGAGAUUGAGAAGCUUGUACUUAUUGAGAGUUAAUAUGUUUAUAGGUUGAUGAAUUGGAAGAGGAAUUGGCUGGAGUUCAUCAUGAAUACAACAGAAGAACAGAUGUCCACCACAGAGAAGUCGGCAGACUUGAAUAAGAAAUCUAAGAUAAGGAAAGAGGUACUUAAUCGCUUUUACUAUUUCAUUAGAAUUGUUCAAUGCCCACGAUUUCUAUGACAACGUCCUCAUCCCAUAAGGAGAAAGAUUUGCUGCCUAACUUGAAUAAUUAUAAGAAAACAUUGCUCAUAACAGAUAAACCCUUGAAUAAGCAACAGUCUAAAGAGCCAAUGAUCACGAAACAUUCGAAUCUGAAGUUGUUGAACACAACGAUGCUAUUUCUGCUAUUGACGAAUGCUUAUAAUUGUUGAGCACAAUUACAGCACCAUCUCUUGCUGAAGUCAAGAAGGUCUAAAAGAAUUUGGCCAAAAUCUAAAACUCAUUGAAAAAGCACAACUAAUUCCAAAUCUUUGUUAAAGUCUUAUUGGAAAUCACAGUCGAUUCCAACUUUGCUGACUAAGGUGCUCUUAGAGAUGUAAUUUCUAAACUCAUAUCCUAUAGAUUGUUGUUGCCUUCAAUAACUUGAGAGUUGAAUUGGUUGAUUCACUCAAUUAAAUCACUGCUGAUGAAGCUGAAUAAGUUGCUGAUUAUAACGCUUAAGUCAUUGCAUUGAACUAAGAACACGCUGAAUUCUAAAGAGCUGUUGUUGUUAAAAAUGCUGAAAUCGAAGCCAACACAAGUAUUCAUUUCAAUCUAACUACUCAUAGCCAAAUAAGAAUAAACCCUUGACUUAAUCGAUGAACUUGAUGAAGAUUUGGCCACUCUUAAUGGAUAAUUAUAAGCUGAAAAUGAUGACUAUGCCUUUGCCACUGAUGUCUACAAUGCAACUGUUGCUGAAUACAACAAAGAGAUUAAUGCUGCCAAUUAAGCAUUAGAUUUGCUCAACCAACCAAGAUUCCAAGACUAUGUUAAAUCAUAACUCAAAGGAGCAUGAUCUAUUCCAAAUAUAUCAAAAGCAUAUAAAUUAUUUUUAAUUAAUA